AUGGCAACCAACUCCUCCCGCGGCAACCCGAUCGGCGCCCGCGACGGCCCCAAGACCUCCACCGGCGCAGAGGUGCCCCCGAUCGGGGAGGACACGAAGCAAGACCUCGCCGAGACCUCCACCACCGAGGCCACCGGCGAGCACGUCCCCGGUCAGGAUCCCACUGUCGAGGCUGGAACGACAGAAGAGGGGGCUGCUGCUGAUGCUGCUGUUCCUGCUGAAGCUGCUGCGGAGGAGGGUGAGCAGGAGGAGACGAAGAGCAAGAAGAAGCAUUGA